AUGGUAAGCCAGGGGUUAAAGGGCGAAAGUGAUUGUAUGAAAAAGAGACAGAAGCAGUCUGAGAGAGAAAGAGAGAAAGGUUGUACACUGGGGAGAAGGUGGGAUUUUUCUAAGUUCAUCAUGGAUUUAUCACCUGGGGUUCUGAUCCUGUGUUCUCUGUUAUGUACAGUGGCAGGCCAGGCCCCAGUCAUUUCAGCGGUGCCCCGGGCUGCUACUGUGCGCCAAGGGGAGUCUGUCAGCUUUAGGUGCCAAGUGGGGAGUGGUGCACAGCCAAUCCAGCUGGAGUGGAAGAGAGCAAAUAACCAGGCAUUACCAGAAAAUGCUAAGACUGGUCCUGAUGGCUCUGUGCUGACGAUUGCUAAUACCCGACCUGGAAACCAAGGCCAGUACCGCUGUGUGGCGGUUAACUCUGCAGGCCGCAGCACUGCCACAGUUGUGCUCAAUGUCAAACAUGCUCCUAAAGUGCGGCUGACACCAGCAGGGCCCCUGCGGGUCAGGCUGGGUGACUCUGUGUCAGUGGAGUGUCGUGCCACAGGCAGGCCACGCCCCACGAUGAUGUGGAAACGCCAAGGCUCCACUCUGCAGCUGGUUACCACAGAAACAAAUGAUGUCAACACCAUACAGUGGGCUGCAGUGCGUCCAGAGGACUCAGGAGUUUAUAUUUGCCAGGCUGAGAACAAUGAAGGAGUGACAGAGGUCAAAGUUGAAAUCAUUGUGGAGGGGGGGCUUGGGGCACCAGUGGCUACUGUGAACCCUGUAGAAAUAACAGCGGUGGAGGGAAAUGCAGUCACAAUAGAGUGUCAGGCCAGUGGUUCCCCUCCUCCUGUCAUCACCUGGUCCAAGCUGCGAGCACCGCUGCCAUGGAAACACACAGUGGCUGGUGGUGUUUUGACACUGACCAGCGUGGGGCGCCAAGACUCUGGACAAUACAUCUGUAACGCAACCAACAUACACGGCUACAGUGAAGCGUACUCGCAGAUGGAGGUGGAGACUCCUCCAUAUGCCACCUGCCUGCCUGACCAGGUGAGACUUCAACCUGGUGACUCCCUGCGCCUGCAGUGCCUCGCCCAUGGCUCUCAUCCCAUUCACUUUGCAUGGAGUCGCGUUGGCAGGGCGAGCAUGCCUCCAGGAGCAGAGACCACCAAGGAUGGAAGGCUGCUGAUAGCCCAUGUUAGACUGAGUGAUGGUGGAACAUACAAAUGCGUAGCCACCAACCACAUUGGAUCCAGUGAGGCAGUGGCCAAAGUCAUUGUAAAAGCUUAAUCGUGGUCUGAAUUGACAAAUCCUCUAUGCAAUACUUACAAUUUCUGCAAGCCUGGAUCCAUCACAGUUAAUACUGAGAAACCAGAGAAAAUUAUAUUUAAUAUAUUCAUAUAUUUUGAUGUGUGAAAGUGAAUGCUAUCAAUGCAGUUUAAACAUUAUUGGUAUUAUUGUGCAUAUGGGGUUAAUUUUGCACUUUUACAGAAAAUCUCUGCUGUUGUUAUUGUUCCCGUUGCUAUUGAUGCCCUUGUCUCAUAUCUGCCUUUGGAAAGCCUUUCUCUGGACCUCUGUGUGAACUAAUAUCCUGCAUUGUGGGUGGGGGAGUUGUCUCUUCUGCUGGAAUGCCUCUGUCUUCCUCCCCUCAUGUCAUACACUAUUGCACUUUCAAAACUGAAAGGAGGGCACAAAACAAACAAAAAACUGAUUCAAGCCGCUAUUAUGCCAAUAAAUUUGGUAAAUAAAUGAAAAUAAAAAUCUGGAAAUAUUUUACAAUAUUGUUGUUUGAAGAGUAUCCAAAUUAGGAGCUGUAGAAAAAUGAUUAGUAGGGGUUGGAAAAGUGGGAGGGUACUGUACUUUUUCAUUUGGCUAAAGGAGGGAUAGUUUUACUUUUUUGGAAAGACAGGGGGAGUGAGGAGUGUUGUCUUUUUUCAAUCUUCCCUUGUGAUAUAGUUAAAGUUAAGACCCUUUCCACUCUACCCUAGUAAUUUUUGCCCCGUAAUGUUUAAAGUUUGCCAAGAUUUUAUUCACUAUGUGAAUGCCUUAACAUUUGAAACAGCAUACAGAUGAUGUCAAAUCUGAGCAUCACUUCACAAAGUAUUUCCUUUAACCACAUGGUGGCAAUAUGUAGCUUUACGGCACGUGUGUUGUCUUCAGGCGAUAAAAGAACAAUUUGAGCCCUCACACCCUUAACAACUGGAGGGACAGAUGCAGAUCACAGUCAAACAAGCUAUUGUUUUCAAAAUGACUACAUGUCAUCCUUAAAUUUAAAAAAAAAAAAAAAAACCAAACAAACAAAAAAAGCCUGGCUGAUCAUUGCAGCUCUGUGUAAAUAUGGACCAUAAACCCCUCCUGAACAGACAAAGUUCAGUUUGAUCAGACAAAUGUGUUGCAAAAUGAGGCACUGACUGCUAUGCUGGUUGCACAAAAUUUUAAGCAGCUUAAAUGAGGUGUUAGCUCGACAUUUAGGGUUUGUGGCUGCAGUAGAAGGUUGGAGAGAGAGAGCUACCAUUUCCAAAGCUGCUGCCAGAACCGGGACUGUAUCUGCUGUGUGAUUGUGGCCUCUCUCGUAAAACGCCCAACCUCCACAGAGUAACAGGCUUUACCCUUUCCACUAUUCCUCCAUCUAUCUUUACAAGCAUCUUCAAAGCUGGGGAGGAAACAUCUGCCCUCUGUCACUUCAAUCCACCCCCUCACUUCACAGACAGAUCGAGGGAGGGAGGGAGCAUGGAAGAGACAAAAUAAAUGCUCUAUGGAGGAUAACAGAGGAGGGAAAUCUACUUACAUUUUUAACAAAGAGUGAUAAAGAACCAUUGAGGUAGAAAAAAGGGAAAGAAUGUAUCAGUGACAGUGAGGUAAUUCAUUAAAUCUGAUCCCCUUCUU